AUCUUGUAUGCUAGUUGGUGAGAAACAUGAGACUUCGUCGCCUAAACCCGUACAGUCCCUAAAUCCCUUUUAUACCGUCUGUCUUCAUCCUCUGGGUUUUAAUAUUGUCUUCGGCAACUUUGGUUUAGUGACUUUGCUUGAGACUCUUCAUUUGUAAAAUUCAUUUGUCUUGUUUUGACUUAGUUUUUACCUUCGUGUAUAAAAGUAUUGCGGCUAUAGCCAUGGCGGCGAGUGCGAAGCGCAAACAGGAGGAGAAACAUUUGAAGCUUUUGAGAGAAAUGACCAGCUUGCUACCUAACAGAAAAUGUUUCGACUGCGACCAACGCGGCCCAACCUAUGCCAACAUGACGGUUGGCUCUUUCGUCUGCACCUCCUGCUCCGGCAUAUUGCGUGGUUUGAACCCUCCCCACAGAGUGAAAUCUAUUUCUAUGACUACCUUCCUGCAGCAAGAAAUUGAAUUUCUGCAAAAGCAUGGCAAUGAGGUGUGCAAACAGAUCUGGUUAGGGCUCUAUGAUGACAGAACCACAUCUGUGCCGGAUUUCAGGGAACCCCAGAAAGUAAAAGAGUUCCUUCAGGAAAAAUAUGAAAAAAAGCGCUGGUAUGUACCCCCAGAUCAGGCAAAGGUGGUAGCCUCUGUUCAUGCCUCUAUGUCAGGCUCUUCUGCCAGCAGCACAAGCAGCACUCCUGAAGUGCGGCCCCUCAAAACGCUACUGGGAGAGUCGGCACCUGUUCUUCACCUCAGCAAAAUUACUCCCAACCAGUCCCCUGUGGUGUCACGUACACAGGCAGACAGGAAGUUUGAUCUGCUAAGCGAUUUAGGCGGAGACAUCUUUGCCGCCCCAUCCUCACAGCCUGCAGGCAAUGCGAAUUUUGCCAACUUUGCUAAUUUUAAUAGCCAUCCAGCAGCACCAAAUGCUAACAAUAGUGCAGACUUUGCAAAUUUUGAGGCAUUUGGAAGUUCAGCUGCUGCUGCACCGAGUGCUGCUUUUCCAUCCACUUCACAAGCUCCAUUUCAACAAACACAAACAGGUGGCUCAACGGGGUUGGCCAAUGCCGGCUUUGCUAAUUUUGACAACUUUCCCAAGUCAUGCAGUGCAGACUUUGCCACGUACAGUUCUUCCCAGGCCUGCUCUGCCGGUGGGGCUAAAGCUGAAGGUGGGGCUGUACCUGCUGACAGGUAUGCUGCCCUCGCUGACCUAGACAACAUCUUCAGCUCUGUCAAAGUUGAACAAGGUUCGAACUCAGCUCCUCCCUCUGCAGGCCUGGGACCACCUCCUCCUCAAGCAGCCAUGUUUGGGGGCGAUCGUUAUGCUGCACUGGCUGUGCUGGACAGUGCAUUUAGCCCUUCUGCCCCUAACAGCAGCAGCUUCAGCACGGCCACUAGUAGCCAGGGACCUGUGUUUGGAGCUCCCACUGGAGUGUCAACAACACCUUCUCAGCAGGGGACGCUGCCUCAGGGCUUCACAGGUCCACCAACAAAUCCUUUUGUCUCUACUGCUGUGCCACAGGCUGCCAUGCAAACUAAUCCAUUUCAGGCCAAUGGAGGAGGAGCAGCAGCAGCAUCAUUUGGACCAGGCUCUAUGAGCAUGCCUGCUGGCUUUGGCAACUCGGCUGCCUACAACCUCCCCACAAGCUUCAGUGGAAACUUCCAGCAGCCCUUUCCUGGUCAAAGCUUCCCCCAGCCACAGGCAUACACUCAGCAACAAAACGGUGGAGGUUUUGCUUCAUUUGGUCAGGGUAAGGCUGUAGUACCUCAAUAUGGACAGCACAUGGCUGCAACUGGAGUUACCAGUAACCCAUUUUUGGCUGGGGCAUCGGUAGCACAGUUUCCCACUGGAAAUUUUUCCACAAACCCUUUCUUAUAGCACGUCUCUCCUUCGCACAUCACCAGGGGAAUACGCUUGCUUGCACCUCUUGCACUGUUUUGUUUUUCUUAAGUAGCUUUAAGAACAUGUUUUUAAGAACUUUUUUAUCAAGUUAUGAACUAAAAUGUUAGUCACCAACAGUGUAACAUGAGGAUCCAACCUCGACAGCAGAAAACAAAACAAGGUAUUGGGGUGCCUAGAGGAAAGACCUUGUAACUUCUUUUCUCUGCUGAAUCUGUGAAAUUUCCUGGCCUGUUCAUUUAUACUAAGUUAUUUCAAGAUGUCCUGUUCAUUUUUAUUGCUGCAGUCCUGUACAUAUCUAUUCUGAAAAUGGCAGAGAUUUUGCUUUUUUUUUUUUCAUAUCAGUAUUUGUAUCUUAAUCUUGUACAUUGACGUACAUCAGUCUCUGUGCUACUGAUGAGAUGGCGGGGCUUAUUUGCUCAAUAGCUGGUCACUUAUCGAACCAUCAGAGAGAGACUCUACCAAAGAAGAGGAGCUCUACAAUUCAUCAUUUUUAAACCAAGGAUUUUUUUCUAUUCUUGUUUCCAGUUGUAAAGUUUUGAAUCAUUUGUUGUUGCUAUUACUAUAGACUCUUACCUGGCCAGGUGCUACACAGAGACUCCCAAACACAGACCACUUAAGUGUUACAGAAAUUUAUGUGUGUGUGUGCGCGUAAGUGUGUGUGUGUGCGUAUGUACACUCACCGAGUGCUUUAUUAGACACACCUAUGUGGUAUGUACAGUGGAUCCACUAUUAGUAUUAGACCCCUUGUUUAUUUUUUUGUGUGUCAUGAAUGUGCUUUUGUUUUAUUAUUUCUUUUCACGUCAAUCUGUACCUAAUCACCCAUGAUGAACUGUGUUUUUUCUGGCCAAUUACUAAAAUUUAAGACCUAAAAUUUCUUAUAUACUUCAUUCAUCUCUGAAUUGAGGAUGAAUGGCCUGACUUAUUUUGCUCUUUAGAGAUGAUUGUGCAUUCAACAGGUUCAUAACUUUCUGGUUCAUAACCUUGGAGCCAUUUUUAGAGAGUCUGCUGGUUUUUUUUCACCAUCUUGACCAAGUCGAACUCUAGGAAGGUUCAAUGUUGUGUCAAGUUGUUCCAUUUGUAAAUUAUUGAGGCCACUGUGGUAUUGAAAAGACUAUAUUAUAUAGCAUUAUAUAUUGUUUUAUAUCCCUGACCUGACCUGUGCCUUGCAACAAUUCGAUUGCAGAGAUCCACAGACAGUUUCUUCCUCAAGGUUUGGUUUUUGUGCUGACAAUGCAGUGUAAAUUGUGGGUCUUUAUAUAACCAGGUUUAAAAUUUCCAACAUAUGUCUGGUCUAUUCAAAUUGCAACCCAUGGGCAAAAGUCAAGGGGUCUAAAUACUUUCUGAAUCCACUGUACAUUCAUUGAUUAUAAUCUACCUACCAUACAGUUUACCUUUGUGGGUAUACAAUUACUGAAUGUAGCUCAUCUGUACACUUUUUCUCCCCUUGUACCCCACUUAUUAAUUAAAAGGGACCCCGUAGAACCCUCACUGACCAAAUGUUAUUUGACUGGAGGAUUGUUCUUAGCACUGCAAUGACACUAACAUGGUAAUGACAUAAUAGUGUGAUAGUGUGUAAAAGUGUAUCAGGUGCAGCGGUGUUGUCAUCUAUGUCAAAAGCGUUGUGUGAUAAAAUGUUUAGAUCUGUACAGGCUAAAUGAAGACUAACACAGGCUAUAUGUUCCUAAUAAAGGCUGGUAAGGUUAAGCAGUAAAAUAUUCAACACAUAAUUACUUUAUUAAUGUCACAUCAGUCUUGGGAAUGGUAUACCACCCAAACAUUAUCUUUUCAGGGGAGGUCCUAAAUUUAUAAAUGGGGUACAGGGGUCAGUAUGUACCAGAUCAGUGCAAACAUCAUUUCCAGUAUGUACCAGAUUGGUGUACAUAAUAAAGAGCUCUGUGUGAGAAACUUUAAGAAACCACAA